UGUGAUUAUUUAUUAUUCAUGCUGCUUUACACGACAUGUUUCGGGCAGGUGUUGCCCUUUCUCAAGUGUAAGAAUUGCUUAAACAAAUGAUAGAUGAAGCAAAUGAGAGUCAUAGUACAAUUAAGUUUACAUACGAAUAUUCUCUCUCUGAAAUUAAUUUUUUAGAUGUAACAAUAAGUCUAACUAAUGGGAUAAUAAACACCGAUUUAUAUAGAAAGAGUGUGGAAAAGAACAAUAUGUUACAUGUACGCAGCUUCCAUAGUCCAAAAGUUAAAAAGGCAAUUCCGAAAGGACAGUUUAUCCGUGCAAAAAGAAUUACCUCACGUACAGCAAAAUAUAAUGAAGUAAAAUUAAGUUUAACUAAACGAUUUAAAGAAAGAGGAUAUGAGUCUAAUACCAUAAAUAAUGCCAUGAAAGAGGUUGACACUAUCCCUCGCAGUGAAUUACUAUGCCAAAAAAAGAAAGAUUGUAGUAAUCAGAAAAUAACAUUUGUUUCUACGUUUAACUCUAAUAGUAAUAAAAUGGAGAAUAUUAUUAAAAAAUACUGGCCUUUAAUACAGGCAGAUAGACAAUUUGGCCAUCUAUUUACUGAGCAGCCUCGUUUUUGUUACAAAAGAGGUCGUAGUCUCAAAGAUAUACUUUGCCCAUCGGACACACGCCAAAAGAAGUCACUUUUCCAAGGCAGGAAAAAGAAAGGUACCUAUCCCUGUCUGAGCUGCAAUUGUUGCUCGUCUAUAAUAAAAGGCUCUAAGAUUAAUCACCCUAGUAAGGGAUAUGAAAUUAACCUAAACGUGUACGCAACAUGUAAAUCUACUCACGUGGUUUACUUGUUGAAAUGCCCUUGCGGUUUAGGGUAUGUAGGCCAAACCUCAAGGGAAGUAAAAAUGAGAAUUCAAGAGCAUAAAAGGAACAUUAAAAAUUACAAGGAAAACACACAGACAGAUACUUCUAUCUCCAAACAUUUUUUUAUUUGUAAACACAAUUCGAUGCAACUGCGUUGGUGUGUCCUUGAUGAAGCAGCUAUAGAUAAACGGGGAGACAAUAGAAUUAACAGAUUGUUACAAACUGAAGGGAGAUGGAUCAAAAAAUUAGGUACACUCCACCCAGACGGUUUAAAUGAUUUUUGGAGUUUAAAACCGUUUUUGUAAAUUUGCUUAAUGGAAUCUUUUACUUUGCAGACCUUGAAACUAGAAAAUUUAAAGGGAACAAAAUACUACAUUAACGGCAGAAGUAGGGUGUUGUUUUCGUGUGGAUUGUAUCAUAUUAUGUAUUUAUUGAAUGACAUAUGCACAAUGGACACUUUGAAACUGAAUUUUUGCACAGCUGAUACUAAUUGUAUCAUUCUUUGGCAACAUUGCACAGAACAGCACUUAUGAAUAAGAUUGGACAUUAACCCACAAGUAAAAGACAUGGAGAAAAGUAUCUUUUAAAAGUUUUUUAUGGAAAAUGUUUUUUAGAUUUUUACCUUUAAUUGUAUCUAAUUAUCCAAGAUUGGAUGUUGAAGAUCACAUGGGUGUGAGGGGUGUGUUUAUAAGGUUCACUGUGUACCUGUAUGUUUACACUUGAGAAAGGGCAACACCUGCCCGAAACAUGUCGUGUAAAGCAGCAUGAAUAAUAAAUAAUCACAAGCGGUUAAUCUGCGUAUGAGUGCUCUCCUCUUUUUCAACUUUUAGUGGAUAUCCUGGGAUGAUUGGUACAUCUCUGUGAGAGGAUUGAUGCAUACAACUGAGAAGGAAGUAAGGCAGAGCGCAAAUCUACACAGUUUCUACUUUCAUAUAUAUAUAUAUAUAUAUAUAUAUGUAUAUAUAUAUGUAUAUA